GAAAGGAUGUCCUACCGGAAUCUUAGCAGGCAUGUGGACCUGGAAUCCUUGCAGGAGCCGGGAAAUCGGUUUAAACUACAAGAGCUGAUAGGAGAGGGUACCUAUGGCGAGGUUUACAGCGCCAGGGACACUGUCACAGGUGAACGUGUUGCAAUCAAAAUACUGGAAAAUGUAUCGGAAAAUAUCGAGGAAAUUGAGGAGGAGUAUCUUGUACUUCGAGACCUCAGUCUCCACCCCAACAUCCCGGCUUUCCAGGGUCUUUUUCUCAGAAGAGGAGUACUUCCGGAGGAAGAUCAGCUAUGGUUCACCAUGGAGUUAUGCACUGGUGGAUCGGUCACAGACCUCGUCCAGGGGUUGAAGAAGAGAGGGGAGAAUCUGACUGAAGACCAAAUAGCGUUUAUUAUUAGAGAAACGGUUGAGGCGCUGGUAUACCUUCACAGCAACCACUGUAUGCACCGAGACAUCAAGGGUCACAACAUAUUGUUGACCGAGGAGGGAAAUGUGAAGUUGGUGGACUUUGGGGUGUCCUCCCACCUGCAGGCCACAAUGGGCCGCCGUAACACCUCUGUCGGAACACCCUAUUGGAUGGCACCUGAGGUGAUAGCCUGCGAACAACAACUAGACUCGUGGUACGACGCGCGUUGCGACGUCUGGUCGUUGGGUAUCACGGCAAUCGAGUUGGCCCAGGGCGACCCCCCUCUCAGCGACCUGCACCCGAUGCGUGCCCUCUUCCAGAUCCCCCGCAACCCGCCUCCUCUCCUGGAGCGCACCGACUGCCCCCUCCUCGCUGACUUUGUGGCCGAGGUGCUAGUCAAGGAUCUCGAACUGCGACCCUUCGCCAAAGAGCUGUUGUCUCAUCCACUGCUGAAACGGGGGGCGGUUUCUGCCCAAAAGGUGAGAACGGAACUGCAGGCAGAAAUCAAACGUCAACGAGUGAGUGGCCGUUGCCCACGUCAGGCUGAGGUCACCACCAAGCAUGGCCAACUCAAGUCUGAUCGCAAGGCCAUGCCUAGGAAAAUGUACUUUGACGAUCUGGCUGCUCUCGACAGUCUUUCUGAGGAUGCCAUAGUGGAGCAACUGCAGCAAAGAUAUGAUAUGAACCAAAUUUACACAUACAUCGGAGAUAUUCUAGUCGCUGUCAACCCAUUUGCUAAUUUGGGAUUAUAUACCAGUAAUGAGCAGAAACGGUACUGUGGGCAAGCGCGCAGCACCAACCCGCCACACAUAUUUGCCGUGGCGGAUGGAGCCUACCAGGCGCUGCUGCAUCACCGGCAGAACCAGAGCAUCGUCAUCAGUGGAGAGAGUGGAGCCGGGAAGACCGAGAGUGGAAACCUCCUGCUCAAGCAACUUGUCUAUCUUGGAAAGGCACCAAAUCGAAACUUGGAGGAACGAAUCCUGCAGGUGAAUCCGAUAAUGGAGGCAUUUGGUAAUGCCCAGACCGGCAUCAAUGCCAACUCGUCUCGAUUUGGGAAGUUCCUAGAGCUGAGCAUGACAAGAGGUGGCAGAGUGACGGGAGCCAAACUCUGUGUCUACCUUUUGGAACAGUCUCGGGUUGUCCAGCAGACACAAAUUGAACGCAAUUUCCACGUGUUUUACUACAUGUACGAUGGCCUUCAAAAUGAUGGAAGAGCGCCUGAUUUUCAUCUUGAUCCGACGCUAAGGCUGAACCAUUGCUUUUUGACUGCUGACAAUCAGGAUCCACUCUCAAGAAAAAACAAUAUUGAGAAAUUUCAAGAGUUGAAGGCGGCUUUCGACUGUGUGGGCUUCCAAGAAGCCGAAGUGACCUCCAUCUACCGUAUGCUGGCCGCUAUUCUUCACCUGGGAGACAUUGAGUUUGGCGAAGUGGUCUCUGAAGACAAUACAGAUAACAAGAGCAGGAUUGUCGACCUGGCACCUCUUCAUCGAGCGUCAAAUCUGUUGGGCGUGGAGGCGAGUGACAUGCUGGAGUGCCUGACGUCGAACAGUGUGGUGACUCGCGGCGAGACCAUCACUCGUAACAACUCUGUGAUCGAGGCGAGUGCCACUCGAGAUGCCAUGGCCAAGGCGCUCUACAGUCGGCUCUUCGAUUGGCUCGUCAACUGCAUCAAUAGUCUUCUCGCUUUCAAUACUCGGGGAGAACCGUUAGUGAUUGGACUAUUGGACAUCUUCGGGUUUGAAAACUUCUCUAGGAAUUCGUUUGAGCAGCUCUGCAUCAACAUUGCUAAUGAGCAAAUCCAGUAUUAUUUCAAUCAGCACAUUUUCACGUGGGAACAGCAGGAAUACAUGGCUGAAGGUAUACCAGUUGACUUGGUUGAAUUCACUGACAAUCGACCUGUACUCGACAUGCUUUUGUCUCGACCAAUGGGACUCCUGGCUUUACUCGAUGAAGAGUGCCGAUUUCCUCGUUCAAAUGAUCGGACUCUGAUAGAGAAAUUCCACGGCAACCUGAAGAGCAAGCUGUACGUGCGACCCAAGUCGAAUGCCCUGUGCUUCGCCGUUCACCACUUCGCCGGCCGCGUCAUCUACCAGGCGGAGGGAUUCGUGGAGAAAAACCGCCACUUCCUGGCGCCCGAGGUCAUUCAGCUGCUGCGAGCCUCGCAGGUGGAGGCUGUCCGCUACCUCUUCCAGUGUCCCAUCACCAAGACCGGCAACCUCUAUUCGGCCAGUCCGUCGCAUUCUGUCAACGGCACCAAUGAGCGUUGCGCGAGCGUGAUGGCGCUGCAAUCGCAGUCGCGCGCUCAGCAAACAGCUGCUACCUAUUUCCGCUACUCACUGAUGGAGCUGCUGCAGAAGAUGGUGUGCGGCUCGCCUCAGUUCGUGCGCUGCAUCAAGCCCAACGACAGCCGGCAGCCGCGUCUCUUCGACCCGGCCAAGGUCGUGCGCCAGCUGAGGUACACCGGCGUGCUUGAGACCAUUCGCAUACGGCAGCACGGAUUCUCGCACCGGAUUCCGUUCGCCGAGUUUCUCAAAAGGUACUGUUUCCUGGCGUUUGGCUAUGACGAGCGAGUCAUUGCUUCAAGAGAUACUUGCCGGCUGCUUCUCGUUCGCUUGAAAAUGGAUGGCUGGGCUCUCGGAAAAACCAAAGUCUUCCUCAAAUAUUACCAUGUAGAAUACCUAGCUAAGCUUUAUGAAGAACAGAUGAGAAAGAUAGUACUGGUGCAAGCAGCUGUUAGACGGUGGCUGGCCAAAACUCGUUACCAGAAGGCUCGAUGGGCAAUGGCGUCGAGCGUGGUCACUCUGCAGCGUUACGUGCGCGGCUGGAUCGCGCGCAAGACCACCGAAACCAUCAAAUCCAAGCGACACGCCAAGGAGCAACACAUGCUCAAGAAGAACAACAAGCUGGCAAGGGAGAUAGAAGCCAACAACGAAGCCAAUAAGGAGAAUGAUCUGACGCCCAACCAGAUGGCUGAGUUCAGGAGCAGGAAUAUCAACUCCGAAGAGAUACCGACGCCCUGGGGAAAUGUUCAAAUGAAACGGAAACUGUUCUGCCAGCCUGAAGACAAGGAUGAGGCUGCCACUGUCAUACAGAGUCAUUUCAGAGGAUAUACCGUUAGAAGAAAAUAUGGCCCUGAAGUAGCGAAAAGAAAACAGUCAGUAGAACAGAAAGCUGUUCUUGUUAAUCCAGUGAAUCGUCAAUCCACUGAUCGUCAAGCCCAAUUGAUAACAUUAUCUCAAGAUGUACAUAUGAAGAACCAGGAUGUUCACAAAUAUCUGCGACAAAAUAAGCAAGGAAUAAGACUGAAAGAAGUUGAAGAAACAAAACGAAACUUUGUUCCGAAAGCAGUUGUCCAUGAAGUGGCCAAGAAGCAUGGAGCUAGCAACAACAAUAAUUAUUACCAAUCUGUUCAAGAUGAGAUGAACAGUAUUUCUUCAGGAUCAGACGAAGAGCCAUCCAUGUGGGAUUUACCUAUUAUUCAGAUUGAGAAUCAACUGCGACCUGAAAGACCUCGAAUGGUGAUGUUGGACAUGGGAUCUGAGCGAAAGGACCUGAUGAACUGUGCUAGAAACAAGAACAAACCUCUGUGGUCAGGUGCACCAGUUAAUCCUAGAAGUAAUAUGCAACCGACUGACGAUCUUACCGGGCCCUACAACUUUCGCAAAUUUCUGCGACCAACCGAGCAUCUUCCGACCGAAUCGCUGCGGAAACGGCUGGGAGGCAGGUGUCGCGUCCCCAACCUCAAGGCCUUGUGAAUGACAAUCAUCCAGAUGCGGUUCACAUUCUAGUCAUCUCUAUGAAUCCUAUCUCAUCUCAUUCCAUUGUGUCCUACGAAUUAGCGUUGUAGUGUUAAUAUCGAGAAUAUAAUCAUUAUAUGUACCUCUCCAUUACCGUAAUAGCAUGAAUGUGAUUCAAAGAUGUAGUUUUAUUUUAUUAAUUACGAGUGUUCAUUAAAAUGUGUCAGGGACCACAUUUUAUCACAAUAUUGUAAUAAGCUACCAUAAUCGUAUGUAAUGUGAUAUCCACAGUAUUUCGUAAUUUUAUUUUAUUCUUCACAUUUUUAUUGUAAUAUUUUCAUCAAAUUUAUUAUUAGAUACUAAUAGGCUUGUGAAUCUUCUUCAUUUCUCAUUGAAAAUUCCCAUAAAGCAUCAUUUCAGUCGAGUAAAAUAAAUUUUCUUUCUGUAAAGUUUUACACUUGAAACAGAGAGAUAUCGUGGAAUUUUUCAAUAAUAUCAAGGUGAGAUGAAAGUGGUGUGGAACUAAAAAUAUAUCUUCCAUUUUAUUUAUUCAUUUCCUUGUUAUUCAUACCAGUUUCUCAUUUAUUUUGUUUUUAAAGCGUAUAUUUUACUGUUUAAAAACACUUAUGGGCUACAUCAUUUAAAUUAAUAAAAACAAUAUAAAAACAUGAAGUACCCUUUUUAUUUGCUUAAUUUUGAAAAUGGCCAAAGUAGGCCGAAACUAGUUGUUGAAAUGUUUUAAAGUUUAAAUAAAAUGGGUGUUUUUAUAUUGUUUUCUUUUUUAAUUAUACUGUAUUUUUAUCAUCAUGAUCUCCACUAUAGGCCAAUUCGUUUAAUGCUCUGCUUUAAUCUAUUUUUCAUCAUGAUAAUUAUUGUGAAAUUUCAUUUUUUAAGACGAUGUAAAAAUUGUUUUACUUGUCUCCAAUAAUUCACUCAUUCUUUGUUGCUCAGAAUGACUUUGCUUCACUCUCAUACUGAGAAUGGAAAAAUGCAUAAUACUGUAAUUGUUUUACAUCAUUAGUUUAUACCACAGAGAUUGCUUGUGGAAAACCAUUUGAAAAUAAUCAACAUAGAUCUUGUAAUGUUGUAAUUAUUGUAUGUUAUUCGAGUUUGGAAACUUUACCAAGAAAUAAAAAUAAUCCAAUACGAGUUUUCUAUGUAGAAUUUCAAUUAUUAAAUAAUUUUUCUUUAUUACCACUUCCUUAUACCGUUUUUUGGAUAAUCUUCAGAAUUUUAAAAAAUGUGAUUAGUACAAAAUUCAAACUCUUGAAAAAUAGUUUAGAUACUAAUAGUUAAUGGAUAAAAUAGUUUGAUUGGAAAAUAAAUUUAGUUUUAUGUAUGUUUUCUGUUAUCCAGAGCAAACUCGCAGAUGUAUAUUUUACUUGUUAAUAGAAAAAUCUGAAUUUUGCUUUUCAAACGCUUCAAAUACCGUAGUUCUGACUGUGUUUGAAAAAAAUUCAAAAUAAAUUCAUCUCACUAGUCGAAAAUGGAAGUGAUAUAAGAUAUAAUACCUUCAUAUUCUGAUGUUUACAAAAAAAUGAAUUUGUAGAAACAAAAUUCUGAUAUUGUAUCUCAUUGUUGAUAAAAAUAAUAGAUGUUUCUUGAAAAUGAUAUUUUUCCAAUCAGAAUGUGCAUUUAAUUUAGAAUAACUUAAAAUGACCUGUGUACAUCUUUUAGAAUCUCAAACCAAAGACUCUAAAAUUCAAAUGAUGUUUUUAGAUGUUUAAUGAUCUUGUAACUUUUGUGAGAUAGUGUUGCUUCGAUCAUUUAUUUUAUUGAAAUCCAAUACCUUUGUUAUAUUGUUUUUUAUGUUGUUUUUGUAAAACUAGACUAUAUAAAAAGUGGAUGAAAUGUUGUUGGAAUUAUACAUCACAUUUUUAUGACUUAA